CCAAGUUGUCCAACCAAAAUCUAAAUGAAAAAGAAAAUAUACAAUAAUAACUUUAUCGAUCAAUAGUACGUUUUAUAUGGAAAAAAUAUGGAAAAUUAUUAGUGAAUAAUACAUAAUAUCGAAUAACAGGUCCUUCACUUUUUUUUCAAGUAAGAAUUUAACACUUAGAACGAUGAGUUUCCGAGCGCUCCAGCCAGUCACUUCAAAAACUCAGUAACAUAGCGUUUGCGCGGCAACACAGACGUGGAUUGCGUUGAAAAAAACAAACAAGUGACAGUAAAAACAAAAGAAAAUUCCUCGAUGACUUUAUGAUAAACAAUGUCGGAAGCACGAGACCCCGAGGAAGUGCAGAGGCAGCUGGCGGAGCUGAAGCAGUGGGUCGCCGGCCAGCCACAGCUACCCAAUGAUUUAGGUGACAACCUGCUGACGAGGUUCCUGCACAGCUGCUACUAUGACCUGGAACGAGCCAAGACGGCCAUCAACCUGUUCUGUACCAUCCGUCUGAACUCGCCUGAGCUGCUGAACAACAGGGACCCUGAGAGUGAGAAGAUACAGAAGACUCUGAAGAUUGUCAACCUAGCGCAGCUCAAGAUCUCUGGCAACCGCAACCUCUGGAUCUGGCAGCUUAACGACCCCGGUCUCGAGCGCUACGACUACGUGCAAGACGCUCGGCUCUUCUUCCUCAGCACGGACGCGUGGCUGUUGAAUGAGACGCAUCUGGAGGACGCCGAUGUGGUGCUGAUGGAUGUGAAAGAUAUUAGUCUGAAGUUCCUGGCCAAGUUCAAUGUGUCGGUGGCGAGGAAGCUGUCGAAGUAUCAGGAGGAAGCGAUGCCGAUCAGGCUGAAACAGAUCCACCUGGUGAACGCGCCCCCCUUCAUCGACAAGAUCCACGCGCUCAUGAAGCCCUUCAUGAAACAAGCACACAUCGAUAUGGUGGAUGGUCAUGAAAUAGAGCGACUGUCUACAUUUUCGCUUCAUUUGAAGACAGACACGGGCCCCGGACUAAAUUCAUCGAUCCACUUCCACUCGCCCAAGUCGGAGACUCUGUUCAACUUCAUCGACAAGGAGGAGCUGCCUGAUGAGUACGGCGGCACGGGCGGCAAGAUGGCCGACCACAUGAAGCGGGUGCUGGAAGUCAUACACCAGAAGAGGGAGUUCCUAAUCAAAGACAACCUGUGGAAGGCGAUAGACCUGAAGAAAUCUGGCAAAGAGAGCAAGAACGACGUACCUGAAACAUUGCCGUCUUUCAGGAGUCUAGCUAUAGACUAGACCACACCUAGUAUUGAUGAAUACUUAAAGUACACAUUAAACUAUCCAAUAGAUAGGACACUAUCAUACCCUGAUAACACUUACCGAGUUAAGUGCUGAGACAGUAUCUUAGGCAUUGAUGACUCGUUCAAUAGAAAGUAGUAGUGUUCGGCCGAGAAUACUGUCUCGCCAUUUUACUCGGUAGGUGUUAUAUUAAGGUAUAUCAAGAUAAUAGAGUUAUCGCAAUGUCUAACAAUUGAGCAGCUUAUAAAAGUUAUGUGUAACUCCCUAUCUGUGAAUAUUUAAUAAACUGCGGUACCUCAUAUCUAUUGGAUGGAAUAACAAAGUGCUUAACUAAGGCUGUGUAUCAAGGAAAGAGAUGUGUAGUACAUUUUCCGAAAUUCGUAAAAGUGUUUACAUUGGCCGGUAUCCAAUGAAAUGCGAUUGAUAUCGACGAAUAGUGACACUUUGAACUACAUUUCAAAAUUUACACACAUCUCUAGCGCAAAUACAACAUUCACAUAAUUAUGUAUAAUUUUCCCUGAACGUCUAUAGGCGUCAUAAAAAUUUAACAUUAUACUACAUACUACUUCAAUAAGUAUGUUAAGAUUUUGUCUAAAGAUCUGAUUAAAUUCUACGGAGAGAAGAUAAUGAAAAUGGUUUUCAGUUCUACCAAGACUUUGAAAGAUAUAAGAUCAGAAUCUUGUAGCUCUAUAUCUAAGCUGUGAUAAAGAUUGACUUAGCUCGAGAGUGUAUUAAAAGGAGUAUACUUACUAAAAAGAUGUUAAGAAAUGAAAUGAAAUUUCAGAAUAUUAUGUAAUGGGGGACCAUUUGGAAAUGAAAAAAAAAAUACUUAUAUGGAUAUGGCUCAACGUUAAAAACUUAAAAAGUAUGAAAGCCGAUCUCAGUUACAAAUUGUAUGCAUCACUAUGUGAUAUUCCUUGCCAAGAAGCUGUAGGUAUAUAAAUACAUAUUAUUUAUAUACAUGCAAAUAUGAACACUAAACACGCAUAAGUUUUAAAAGGACUAGAUAAAGUUUUAGGCUUUAAAAUGAUAUCGUUACUUUACUUUUCAGGUUUUUUUGGGAUUAUGUAAAAAAACAUAAUGUUGGCACCGAGCCUUUGUAGCACAAAAAACAUUCCUUUUCGACAUUAUUAUUGUAUACCUACCUAACUACUAACAUAUAAGUAGGUAUAGUUAACUUAUUAUGUACAACUUGUAUUAAUUUUGAGAUACUUAGGUACUGUUUGAUCCUUACCUAUUUAUUUAUACAAUUUUACUUUUUGAAUUUACAUUGUGGGAAAGUGUUACAAUAAAUAAUGUAUAAUAUUAA